UGAUUCAAAUGAUUUGUACAACUGUUAGCUUCACCUGCUACUGCUUAGCCUACGCGGACACUUAGUGGACUAUGCUAGUUAAGUUUCAUUGUCACGAAAUAGUUUUUUGUAAAAUUCCUAUAUCUAAUAAUAGUUAGUUUAUUUCGGCCUAGCUUGUUUGUUUAGUGCUAGGUAGCUAAAAAAUUGAGUUUACUUCACGUAUGGAAUGUUGGUGAUGCUAAACGUUAGCCUGUUAGCUUGAAUUUUUUAUUUUUUUUACCUCUGGAAGAUUUGGCAGUUGUUUGUUGGUAGGUUCUGUCGGGUUUUUGGUGGUUCAGCAAUGUUGUUUUAAGGUUUAGCUGUGUUGAGAUACUUCAGUUUUUGUUUAUUUAGUUUUCCACUCUUUUGGUUUAUUUUGUGGCUUUUCUUUUGGAGCAAUGUCCUGUUACAACUAACUGUUAAUAUUAUAAACCAACUGUUAGCUACGCCUUUUAGCGUUGCGCCGAAGCAUACUUUUAACUCACUAUGCUAAUCAGUGCCCAAAGAUCUUUUGUUGUCAUUAAAUGGAUGUUAAAAAAAUCCAUGUUUGAUUUAGCAGAAUCUGUUUAAAUUGAGCGGCACGGUGGACGACUGGUUAGCCCAUCUGCCUCACAGUUGUGAGGACCGGGGUUCAAAUCCCGGCCCCGUCUGUGUGGAGUUUGCAUGUUCUCCCCGUGCCUGCGUGGCUUUUCUCCGGGCACUCCGGUUUCCUCCCACAUCCCAAAACCAUGCGUGCUAGGUUGAUUGAAGACUCUAAAUUGCCCGUAGGCGUGAAUGUGCGUGCGAAUGGUUGUUUGUUUCCAUUUGCCCUGCGAUUGGCUGGAGACCGGUUCGGGGUGUGCCCCGCCCCUCGCCCGAAGAUCGUGAGGAGAAAAUGAAAAUGAAAAUGAAAAAAAAAAAAAUAAAUAAAUAAAUUUCGACGCUAGCUAGCUAAAGAUUUGCCUGAGUUAGCCCGGCGUGCCGAGUGAACAUUUUUGUCGUUUUUGUUAAGUCUGCUCUUGUUCCAGACGGAAUUGUUUUUUUGUUGGCUAACGAUUUUGUCACUAGGUGUUUACCGAAUAAUUUGCUCCCUCAAACAGUUAAUGUUCUGUCAUGUUUUUGGGUGACACGAUGAGCAAUUUAUAUGCCAUAACCUGAAAACGUGGUGGUUCUGGAAGGUUGUGAGUAGUUCUUAUGGGUUCUUGGGGGUUCUGGAGUGAUGUUAAUAAUGAGUGCGAUUGUAAUGUGAAUCAGUCAAGUGUUUGAAGCGCUUAAAGUCUGAAAGGUUUUCUGUGAAUCAUCUUGACUUCAAACUUGUCACGAGGAACCUUCCACAUUUGGACCAGCAGAUGUUUAAGACGAGUUAAAAAAACGUACGUAACGCGAGGUUGAGGAAUCACACUUACGCUGUCGUCAUAUUACGAAUGAUUUCUAUUUGACAACUAUAAUUAGUCAAUGUUUUUAUUGCCAGUUUGUGUGCGCUGACAAUCAAGAAGCCAACAUGAAAAUGCUGCUUAAUUUUUUUCCCCCCUCCUCUUUAUUUUUGAAGGCAAAUCUCGAGAGCCAACAUGUCAGAGAAGAAAAUGUCUUCCAGUCGUAAACAUCACCUCAAGAGUGUGAUCUUGGCCAUCGCUAAAGGUCACCUUGAGCAGGAGACCCAGGAGCGUGAGGAGGGGCGGAUGCGCUACAUGGCCCAGUGCUGCCCCCCGCUGGUGAUUCCCUACACCAUGCUAGAGCUACAGGAGCUUUGCCGAUCGAUCCACCACAAGGUCGACGUGAUGGACGAGGAGCGCUACGACCUUGAGGUGAAGGUCAACAAGGCCAACAAGGAGAUCGAAGACCUGAAGAUCAAAAUCCAGGACGUGACGGGCAAGUUCAAGAAGCCGACGCUGAAGAAGGUGCGCAUGUCGGCCGACGCCAUGCUCAAGGCGCUGCUGGGCUCCAAGCACACCGUCAACGUGGAGCUCCGGGCUAACCUCAAGCAGGUCAAGAAGGAGGUCAAGGACGAGGACAAAGAGCUGCGCGAUGUCGUGGACUGGCGCAAGAACAUCGAGGACAAGUCGGGCAUGGACGGCAGGAAGAAAAUGUUCGAGGGCGACGCCUAGCGACAGACCGGA